UUUUAGGGGGAUGUUAACCAAAAGUACACCGAUGCCCUCUGACGAAGAGCUUACAGUACCUCAUGAAAUCACUCUUUCAACGCCUUAUUUUAAAGCUGUUAUACCAUAUAUGCAUAAAGCGUGUGAAAAAGAAGUUAAAGAUUUUAUGUUGCGUCGACAAGAAACGGAAGAUCCACGUCUUUCGCUGAGAGAAGGUCAAGCUCUUACCGCAUGUGGUAUUAAAUUCUUACAAUCACUGAAAAAGGCUUGCAGUGACAACGUUAAUCAUUAUGCUGAUUGUAUUGAUCACCGUACUUCCAAACUCUACAUUACACCUUGUCGUGAGCAACAACGUCGUUUGGAUAUUUGCGUGGAAGAAAACUUAAACAUUACUCGACCGAGAGUAGGAUAUUUCAGCAAAUUACAUGUGCACAAUGCACACUUUCCAAAACAUGUACAUUACAUACGAGAUUAUAAAGCUGAAGCUGCGAAAGUAUUGACAGAAUUACCAGAUGAUUAUCAUUUACGUGAAGAUAGUCGUGCUUAUGAACAACAGCGCUACAGUUUCUUCGAUAUAUGAAGUGUUCAUAGUUGCGUACUUUCUGUAUAUUUCAUUUAUGUAAAUCAGAAUUGGUUUAUAGGUAAUAUUCCCUGAUAAAGUUCUAUUCUCUUCCGCCUUUCGUAUGUUUUAAACAUUUCACAAUUAUUAUUUUAAAAUGUGGCAGAUAUGGAUAACAUUCAUUUUACGUCAGCUACGAAUUGUAC